AUGCAGCUCUCUGAAAUGGAGAUCGAGGGUUCAGUUCAACAAGGUGUCGCUCAACCACAGCACGUUAUAACUCAAGCAACAGUCGAUACAUUUAAUGUAGUUCAACACCCAACGCAAAAGACGUUGAACAACACGCAGAGCUGCGAUCAGCAAACUCCCAUUGCCUAUUCUCAGGACAUUGACGACUUAAUGGCUGUCCUUCGUGAUGAUCAAGACGGUUGCCUCAAACCAGGAUCAUUUCAAAUGGAUCUCGGUGUUGGUUACGGUAGUGAAGAAUUGGCUGAUCUCCUCGGAGAGGACUGGUUGGACUGUGCUGAUCGCAGCAUUGCGAAUAAUGGACAGUACGCACCGUACGCUAGCGAACCUAAUGACGUGAGUUCACAUCCUUUCGUUUGUCGUAACCCUUAA